CGGGCCUCGUGGCCAAGGCACAGAAUAACCUGUUGAAUAGUUCAAUGAGUUCGGCCCAAAGUCACCACUACGCAUGCGCAAAACUAGGGCCUUUACUACGACUGUGAAAAUGAGCAAAUUUAGCAAGUCACACAACUGUUGUAUUUUAUGUCUGAAAUCGCCAUUGAAAGUACCUUAUCUUAGAUUGCAUCAAUUUCCAACAAAUGAAGAGAAAAGAAAUAUAUGGUUGAAUGCUUGUGGUUUGCAAGCUGAUGAAUAUUCGCCAAAUCGAAAGUUAUGUUCUAGACAUUUUGAUGAACCUUGUUAUAGCAAAUGUGGUUAUCGUUUAAAAUCAGAUGCGAUUCCUACAAAAUAUUUAAAAGGUCAAAUCAUACGACCAUAUUUUCAACUACCUGAAUACAAAUUAAAAAAUGAUGAACUAUUGAGUUCUCUUCAGCCAUCGAAAUCUGAAACUGUAAAUGUUAAUUCCAAACUCAAACAAUGUAUUUAGACAAAAUAAAAUUGGUAAAUUUCCAAGAUCCAUACUUGUUGCUGAAAGACAAUUAUAUACUUUGGACAACAGAUUUAAACAAAGUGCCUUCAAUUACUUACCCUGAUAUUUUCAACGAAUCUAGGAAAAAAAAUCCCCGUCAUAAGAAAAAAAA